AUGGCUCUACGAUUAGUGUUAAAUUGUCAGCAGAUUCCAGCCGUAUUCCGGUACAGCACCGUAUUUCAUCAUCCACGGAAAAUUUUAAGCAACAUUGGCAGUGAUCGGCAGCUAACGAUACUGCGAUACACGAGAAAUGCGAGAAACACGUCGGCGGAAUCAUUUGCCCCACGGCAAACGAUCGUACCGACGGAAGUGCAAGGGAUUGCGAUCGAAUCGGGAUACAUUGAUCCUUCGAAAAUAUGGCGAUCAUUGCUUUUUACUGCCGCGUUCUCAACAGGAAGUUUCAUUGGAGUUUCUAUCUGGGAGUACGAAACGAUACGAUCGCGUGCAAUGCAAGCGCUGCGAAGCAAACUAAGCGUCAAUUGGUUUAAGGACCGGAUGAAGCACAACCGUCAGGAGAUGGAACAGUGGCGUAAAGAUCUGACCGGUUGGUGGAGCAAACUGUCCCCCGGAGAGCGGAUAUUUGCCCCGAUUUGUGCGCUAAACGUGAUCGUUUACGGUCUGUGGCGGAUACCGAGCCUGGCACCAACGAUGGUGAAGUAUUUCGCCUCGAAUCCAGCAGCAAAAGCGGUUUGUUGGCCCAUGUUUUUGUCUACCUUUAGCCAUUAUUCAUUGUUUCACAUAAUGGCGAACAUGUACGUAUUGCACAGCUUUUCACAUGCAGCCGUUGCCACCCUGGGACGGGAACAGUUCCUGGGCGUUUAUCUGAGUGCUGGCGUGAUCGCUUCGUUUGCUAGCCAUGUCUUCAAAACGGUGGUACGACAGCCGGGGCUUUCGCUCGGUGCUUCCGGUGCAAUCAUGGGGAUCCUGGCGUACGUAUGCUCUCAGUACCCGGACACGCAGCUUAGUAUAUUGUUCCUGCCAAUGUACACAUUCUCAGCUGGUGCUGCCAUUAAAGUAAUUAUGGGCAUCGAUUUAGCGGGUGUUUUGCUGGGUUGGAAGAUUUUCGACCAUGCGGCACAUCUGGGCGGUGCAUUGUUCGGUCUGUUUUGGUGUUAUAUCGGGAACCAGAAUGUGUGGCCACUGCGGGAACACUUUAUCGGUUACUGGCACGAGAUGAGAGGACCGCCGAAGAAAUGA